AUGAAACACCAGAGUGAGACUGGGAAGUUUUGUGUUAUUUUAAUAAAAACAGAGCAUGUGAAACCCAAUGAAAGGGCACCAGAAAAGUUACAUGUUGUCACUGAACUAGAAGAAGAUGCCCGUGCACCCAGAGAAAGGCGUUUUGCCUUACCUAACAGCCAGGUGCAAUGGGUCACAUAUUUAAUGGACAAGUAUGGUGAAGAUUAUGAGGCGAUGGCACGUGAUAAAAAGAAUUACUAUCAAGAAACGUGGCAACAAAUCCGAAGAAAGAUUAAACUGUUCAAGGGUGUCCCUGAACAGUAUAACCAAUACUUGGCUUCAAAAGAAAAAUUAUAGUUCAUUGUUGAAGUCAUUGUUUUGUUUAAAAUGAUUUUUAAUGUACAAAGAUUAGUUGUACAUUGUCAAUAAAUUAAAUUUUUUUAAUAAA